AUGACUCUUUGGGCUCUUGUCCUCUGGUGUGGUUCACAUGAACGUGAUAUUUUAAAUUACGAUUCUAUUAAAUUUAAGAAGGAUGGUGAUGCUUCAGCUAAAUGGAGAAACAAAUUUUAUUCUGUUAAAGUUCUACGUAUAAGUGAGGAUAAGCAGUGGCUGGAGUCUCUGGUUGUUGAUACUGAUGGAAAUGUGACUUUACCCGAUGCUCCCAAUGAGUUUCAUGAAAAGAAGAAGCAUGAAAAAAGUUUAGCUGUUGCUGACUUACAAACUGCAACAAAAGCCCUCAAUGCCAGCAAAUCCCGAGAAAACAAUUCAAUCACUCGUACUAAAAACAUCCUCCAAGAUAUCACUUUGGGGACCAAUGCAAGUAAUCUUCACAAUUCAGAUGACGAGGAUAUUUUAGCAGAUCGUGGUUACUCACCAGCCCAAGAAGUGAAAGUAGUUAACCCCAAUAAUGGAUCAAAAUCACGGAUGGUCCGGGCUAAAAUUGAGUAUGACAAAAAAAAUGAGAAUUCCCCAUUUGUAUGUCAAGUUUGUAAAACGUCGCCAGAAGGUACAAUUUUCAAGUAUUAUUAUUUAAUUUCCUAAUCCCAACUUUAUCAUAUAAUUUAAAAACAAUUACGGGAAUUAUCCGCAUUGGAUAGUUUUCGACAAAACAUGGAUCCUGAAUUAAAUCCAACAACAGCUGGCUACUCACUGAUGUAUCAAGCCAUCGAAGAUCACAAAUUGGAAGAUGUUAAAUUGUUAUUAGAAAAUGGAAUGGAUGUAAAUGAACCGAUAAUAACAACUGGAGAAUUUUCUGGAUUCACAGCAUUGCAUGUUCACGGAAAAAAUGAAACCCGACUGGUUCGUUUUCUGCACCAGACUCAGUCGUGUGCAAGAAAAAAUGGAAGAAAAAUUAGUAAACUAAUUCUAGUGCAGCACAGGACUCAAUCAUGUGCUACACUACACUCAUUCGGGUGCGCACACGACUCAGUCUGGAGUAAACUAAUUUUUCUUGCACACGACUGA